GCCAAAGCAAGUUUGCUGUAGUAAUCAUGACCUCCAUUAGGCUCUGGAAGUCCAGAAAGACCGAGGCGAUCAAGGACGUUACCAAGACUGUAUGAAUCUAAGACAUUAAUAAGACACGUGAGCAAGAAGAUUACUUGACUCAUGAAAUUCAUUGGAAAAGGUGGAAAGUUGUUGUUGUUCCAUUUCAGAAUUUUCAAAAGGCCAAGAACUAUAAAGACAGUAUUACUGAAAAAGGACGGAAAAACGGGAGGAGUCAUGGCAGACCUUCAAAGGUUAUGUCCUGUAAAUAUUAUGAACGAAGGUUUAUAGUCUAUCGGAGAUUAACAAAAAGAUGUACCAAGAAUACAAAAGAGGUAUUGGCCCAUUUGUCCUGAAAAACAUGUGACAACAACAAUACACAUAAUUUAUCUUUUCGUCAACUUUAAUGGGAUUUUUUAGUAAAGCUGACAAAUUUUUCAGCAUUUGUUUGUGUUCCUGAUUAGAGCUAGUGAUUAGACUAUUGCCGCUGAAUAAAGUAGACGUCGAAGAAGAAUGGACCAAAUUGCAUCGUAUGAUUGUUGAUCCUUUGAGAAAUUAUUUAGUUGUCACCUUGGUAUGAGUCAUAAAAAUAUGCGUUCACAAUAUGAGUAUAAAUACAGGUUGCUUAUCAUGUCCCAAUGCAACUAGAACAUUGGCUUUAGAAAAAUGGAAGGCGAAAGAAACAUAUUUUUAGAGGCGGCACUAAAAGGGACGCCCGUUAUUACCAAUCCAAAGGAAUAUGACGAAAUGAAACUGAAAAGGAGUAGCUCAUCUGAAGCAAGAAACAAGAGAAAAGAAUCCAGUACGAGAAGUGCUAAAGAGACGGCACCAAAUUCAAGCAAAAUGUUUGAACUUGCCAUAGUAAAAGAAGCUAUACAUAACGUUGGACAGCUGCCUUCCAGAGUGUUACGGUAUGUUCAGCUUAUGGCAAACAAACUUGGACCAAUUGACGAAGCUUACUACACAUCUGUAGGAAAAACUGGAUGCCCCACAAGAGAAGCAGCAAGAAGAAGAAUACUCCGGAGAAUGAAAGAAACAGGAGAACUAAAGGAUGAAAAGUCGUGUACUACAGCAUCAAAUUCCGACAGUAAACU